GUGUAUCACUAUGACAUGGAAUCAGAGAGUGGCCAGCUUAUGCUCUCAGAAUUGAAGUCCCAGCCUUGAAGAGAACCCACCUAUCCUGUGGUUGUUAAUUGGAGUGCUUAUGCCAGCAGUGUCAAGCCAACCUUGUCUGAGCAGUCAAAUUUUCUGGGAAUGGUUUAUUUUGAUGAACUCUCCUUCAUUGAGCUUAAGAGAAACACAGGAAAUUAUGCAGUUUGCCAGAAAGAUCUAUGGGGUCACUUAACUUACAAAAUGCCUGAGAAGCGAACAGAUCAAGUAUAUGCCCUAGGUGCUUUUGAUGUACUGCACACAGUAGAAGGUCAAUAUUACAUACAGGUUUCAAGAGAUGGCUGUCUGAGGAGCGAGAGCAGAGCCUCUCUGCCUGUCUUAGUUAUGGCCCUGUAUGGAAGAGUGUUUGAGAAGGACCCUCUGCAUUUAGGGUAAAGACCUGGGAGAUCAUAAUGAUCCCCUACCACUGGCACACUUCCGGGAUUGCCACGGCAAGAAAGGGAGAAAAAAAAUAUGCUUCAUGUCUGUUUAGAAGAGAUGUCACAAAUUGGCUGCAACAACAAACUUAAGAUUUAAAAAACAGUGGAUGUGUUUUACAUGUCUUACAUUUUAUGUAUUUGAGAUAGCAGAAACUGAUUUGUGGGACCUGCAUUUAUUCUCCAUGUAGAUGCAAUGUAAG